CCCAUUCUAUGCAGUCUACACAAGCCAAGCCAAAACUUUCACAUAUCCCAUGCACUCGCUUUCUCUCUUUUCAAUCUCGAAAGAAUCGAAAAGAAAGUGUGCCAGAAACCAAAACAAAAAUCUCUCUCUCUCUCUCCAAAGUUAUGAAGAAUUAAAUCUGCCCCACUCUUAAAGGCCAUUGCUUUGAGGAUCAGAGAGGGAUAUGGGUUUAAGAGUUUUGGGGGGGAACAUGGUGAGACCGGACAUUUUGAUGUUAUUGCUACUGUUUUCUUUGGUUUCUUCUGCUGCAGCUUCUGUGACUUAUGACCACAGAGCUAUUAUGAUUAAUGGGCAGAGAAGGAUUCUAAUUUCUGGGUCCAUUCACUAUCCAAGAAGCACUCCCGAGAUGUGGCCUGAUCUUAUACAAAAGGCCAAAGAAGGAGGUUUGGAUGUCAUACAGACGUAUGUGUUUUGGAAUGGGCAUGAGCCUUCUCAAGGAAAAUAUUAUUUUGAGGAUAGGUAUGAUUUGGUUAAGUUCAUCAAGCUGGUACAACAAGCAGGCCUAUAUGUUCAUCUCCGGAUUGGCCCAUAUAUUUGUGCUGAAUGGAACUUUGGGGGAUUUCCUGUUUGGCUGAAAUACGUUCCAGGCAUUUCUUUUAGAACAGAUAACGGACCUUUCAAGGCGGCAAUGCAAAAAUUUACAGAGAAGAUUGUCAGUAUGAUGAAGGCAGAAAAGUUGUUUGAAACUCAAGGAGGUCCUAUCAUUCUGUCUCAGAUAGAGAAUGAAUAUGGGCCGGUGGAAUGGGAAAUCAAAGACCCUGGUAAAGCUUAUACUAAAUGGGCAGCACAAAUGGCUGUAGGUCUUGACACCGGUGUCCCAUGGAUUAUGUGCAAACAAGAGGACGCCCCUGACCCGGUUAUUGAUACCUGCAACGGUUUCUACUGUGAAAACUUUAAGCCAAACAAGGACUAUAAACCCAAAAUGUGGACUGAAAACUGGACUGGUUGGUAUACCGAGUUCGGUGGUCCAGUUCCUCAUAGACCAGCUGAAGACUUGGCACUUUCAGUUGUGAGGUUCAUUCAGAAUGGUGGUUCUUUUGUUAAUUAUUAUAUGUACCAUGGAGGAACUAACUUUGGCCGGACAGCUGGCGGUCCCUUCAUUGCAACCAGCUACGACUAUGAUGCUCCUAUUGAUGAAUAUGGACUACCACGGGAACCAAAAUGGGGACAUUUGAGAGAUCUGCAUAAGGCUAUCAAAUUAUGUGAAUCAGCUUUAGUUUCUGUAGAUCCCACAGUGACCUCACUUGGAAAUAAUCAAGAGGCUCAUGUAUUCAAGUCAAAAUCUGGUGCUUGUUCUGCAUUUCUUGCAAAUUAUGACACAAAAUCCUCCGCAAAGGUGUCCUUUGGGAAUGCACAAUAUGACCUGCCACCUUGGUCCAUUAGCAUUCUUCCUGACUGCAAAACUGCAGUUUACAACACUGCAAGGCUUGGUGCCCAAAGCUCACAGAUAAAGAUGACGCCUGUAAAUAGCGCAUUUCCAUGGCAGUCAUACAACGAAGAAACUGCCUCUGCUGAUGAUGAUGAUGCAACUACAAUGAAUGGGCUCUGGGAACAAGUAAAUGUCACUAGAGAUGUUACAGACUAUUUGUGGUACAUGACAGAUAUCAAUAUAGAUCCUGGUGAAGGGUUUCUAAAGAAUGGACAGUCUCCUCUUCUCACAAUAUAUUCAGCAGGCCAUGCUUUACAUGUUUUCAUCAAUGGUCAACUAUCAGGAACUGUUUAUGGGGGGCUGGAGAAUCCUAAAUUAACUUUUAGUGACUAUAUCAAGCUGGGGGCUGGCAUCAACAAGAUUUCUUUAUUAAGUGUUGCCGUGGGUCUUCCAAAUGUUGGCUUGCAUUUUGAGACAUGGAAUGCUGGGGUUUUGGGCCCAGUCACUUUGAAGGGUCUCAAUGAGGGGACAAAAGAUCUGUCAAGGCAGAAAUGGUCAUACAAGAUAGGUAUGAAGGGUGAAGCUUUAAGCCUUCAUACUGUUAGUGGGAGUUCCUCUGUUGAAUGGGUGGAGGGAUCAGUACUGGCUAGAAAACAACCUUUGACAUGGUACAAGACUACUUUUAGUGCACCAGGAGGCAAUGAACCAUUAGCUUUAGAUAUGAACAGCAUGGGAAAAGGUCAAAUAUGGAUAAAUGGUCAGAGCAUCGGACGCCACUGGCCUGCAUAUACAGCACAUGGUGGUUGUGGCGAUUGUAGUUAUGCCGGGACUUAUAAUGAUAAGAAAUGCCGAACUAAUUGUGGAGAGGCCUCUCAAAGAUGGUACCAUGUUCCACGCUCAUGGCUGAAUCCGAGUGCGAACCUACUGGUUGUGUUUGAUGAAUGGGGCGGUGACCCAACUGGGAUUUCUUUGGUAAAAAGAAAAACAGGAAGUGUCUGUGCUGAUAUCUUUGAAGGGCAGCCGACAAUGAAGAACUGGGGCAUGCUAACCUCUGGCAAAGUCAAUAGACCAAAAGCCCAUUUAUGGUGCCCACCUGGGCAGAAAAUCUCUCAAAUUAAGUUUGCUAGCUAUGGAUUGCCUCAGGGAACAUGUGGAAGCUUUAGAGAAGGGAGCUGUCAUGCGCACAAGUCCUAUGAUGCUGCUGAAAAGAACUGCAUUGGACAGCAAUCAUGUUCAGUAACUGUAGCUCCUGAAGUCUUUGGAGGGGAUCCAUGUCCAGGUAACACGAAGAAGCUUUCUAUUGAGGCCGUCUGCAGUUAAAUAUAGCAGCUUCCGUAACCUACAAAAUAAAUGAUGAGCCACUGGCUCAUCUCAGUACAUAAAUACACAUACAUCCCAGAUUGCCAAGGCAACUGAUUCGACUCUGCCCAAGGACACAAGCGUAGAGCCGUGCCACACACCACACGGCCAAAGCCAAUUGUAGAUAGUGAAGUUGAUUCUAAACAUGCAUCAAAGAUGCUUUGUGUGUAUAGGCAAGCUGUCAUUUGUCAAAUAUAGCUUCAUACGUUAUACAUAGGGCUUAUUACCAGAUGAGAGUCUAGCCAUUUAGACAGACAAGCCUUUAACUUGCUUGUAGAAUGUUAUGUAAUCUUCUGUGAAAGCAAUUUCCUAAGAAUAAAUUGGAAAGUAAUAAAUACCACCUGGUGAAUUGCAGUUUGUCUUGUUAA